AUGCAGGUAACAAAAAAGCGAAAGACAUCUGAGUCUGGAGCUGCUGUAGUCACUGCUGUGGUGUCAACACAUCCUACCGAUGAUGUGCAAGUUUCAGCGAAGGUCAAAAAUAUACAGAAAAAUGGCAAUGGCAAAACCCCACGAAACGCGAAUGAGCGAUUUUCGAGGAUAAAACCCCAAAAUAUACCUGCGGAACAACUUCUAGACAACGGGUACGAAGCAAAGGGUGGGGUCACUAAUGACUACGGCAAUCGUGCACACCAGGACUUGAUUGUCACGCGGGGUGCAGGAUUCAGGAAGGAGAAGAACAAGAAGAAGAGAGGUUCAUACCGCGGUGGAGAAAUCACUGUGAGCAUGUUCUUUCUUCGGUAUCGAUAUGGUCAUCGCCUGAUUGGUGUGGCAGUUGCAAAGUCACAGUAUCAAGUUCACAGAUUAGACAUAUGUAUGGUCGGAUAUACAUUGCAUAAGCUACAUUCGCCACUCCCCCCAUUCGCAUUCUCCUCACUAAUACAAUAA